AUGCAUAUAUUAGAAUCUACAGAUAAUAAAAUAAAAUAUUCUGAAAAUAUUGAAUUAGAAAUUGGAUCUAAUUCAAAUUAUUUAAAUGUAACAAAUAAAUCUGAAGAUCUAGAUUUAUCUACUAAUUCUAAUAAGUUAAUAUGGUCUGAAAUAGGUCAAGUAGUUUCUUCAGAUAGAAAACCACAUUAUAGUUUAUCAUCAAUAUUACGUAGAACAAAUCUUUUUCAUGAAGAAUUUGAUAUUGAAACACCUAUUGAAUAUAAUGAUAUAUCUAGAAGUUCUAAUUCAAAUGAAAAUGAAUUUCGUAAAUCAAAGACAUCUGAUAUAUUAAAGGUUACUGAUAUUAUAAAAAGUGUACAUCGUGAAGAAAUUAAGAUAUAUUUAGAUGAAAUAGCAUCUUUAAGAUCUCAAAUACUACAUAUGAAUUUUUUAGAAGAAGAGAGACAGAUAAAAAUUGAAAAUGAUAUACAUAAUAAUUAUUUUAAAACAGAACAAGAUAUUAAAAUUGAUGAAUUUGAAAGGAAAUAUAAUCCUAAUUACCUAACUAAGGAAUUAGUUACAAAUAUACAUAAUAUUUCAAGUAUUGAAUAUAACAAAAGGUAUUUAGAAAAAAUUGUAAAUGUAAAUAUAACAAUUAAAGAUGAAUUGAAUAAAAUGGAAAAAGUUGAAUUAUCUAUUGAAUCAUUAAAUCCUUUACAUAUUAAUAUAGAUAAAUUAGAUAUGGAUGAGUCAAGAAAAUUAUUUAUUAUUAAUGAUGAAUUUCUUAAUAAAAUUGAAAAUUUAACUAAAAGGAAUAAUUUACUUUUAAAUGAAAUUGAAAGAUUAUCUAAACAAGAAAAAGAUUUAUUAAUUGAAAAUGAAAGACUUUCUAAAACAAAUAAUGAAUUUAUAAAUAAAAUUGAAGUUUUUAACAUUAGAAAUAAAGAAUUAUUAAAAUUAAAUGAGAAUUUAACAAUUGAGAAUAAGGAAUAUAUUAAGAGGAUAGAUAAUAUAUUAAUAGAAAAUAAUAAUUUAUUAGAUAAAAUAAAUAAAUUAACAGAAUAUAAUAAGAGAUUAUCAAAAGAUUCUGAAAAUUUAUCUAAUAAUAAUAAAAAAUUAAUAGAUGAAAUUAAUUAUUAUUGUAAAUACAAAGAUGAUUUAUUAAAUAAUAUUAAUAAUGAAACAAGAUAUAAUGAGAAAUAUAAAAGUGAAAUUGAAGAUUUAUCUAAAUAUAAUAAAGAAUUAUUAGAAAAAAUUGAAAUAAUAUCUAAUAAUGAAAAAGAAUCAUUAAAAUUAUUAGAUGUUAUUUCUAAGAAAUAUGAACAAUUAAGAAAUUGUUAUAUGGAACAAAAUUCAGAAAUGCUUAAAAUACAAAUUACUUUAUGUAAUGAACAAAAAAAUAAAGUAUAUAUUGAAGAUUCUUUAAUAAUAGCUAAAUCAAAUAUAACUAAAUUAGAAUCUCAAAUAAAUGAAUUAAAUAGUGAAUUAAAAAAUAGUAAAGAACAAUUAUAUAAACAAAUAGAAGAUUAUGAUUCUCGCAUAAAAUUUUUAAAUAAUGAAUUUAAAAAUUUAAAAGAUCAACAAGAAAUUCUUGAAAUUUAUAUGGGAUAUAUGAAUGAUUUAUAUAUUAAUAAGCAGGAUGUUAAUUAUAAUGAGGAAUUUGAUAAAUAUCAACAAGAUAUUCAAUAUAUUUUCCCAAAUGUUUAUAAUUUUGUUGUUAAUACUUUUAAAUAUUUAAUUUCUUCAACAGAAUAUUCAAAUUUUGGAUUUUAUAAUCCUUCAUUAGUGAAAAUACUAACAUCUUAUUUAUAUAUAUCUCCUAGUGAAUAUAAAGAUAAAGAAAAUAGAAAAUUAAUAAAUACAUCAGAAUUAUUAGUUAUGAAUAAUAUGAUUGGUAAUAAGAAGAAAAUUAGAGAUAUAGAAUAUACUAGUUGUACAAUGACUAGAUUUAGGAAUGAAAUAUCAAUACUUAGAAAUCAGAAUCACGCUAUUAAACAAAGGCUUAAAUUACGUGAAUUAGAAAUAGAUAAGCUUCGAAGUGAAUUAGGAGAUCUUAGAAAUAAAUUGGUUCAUAAUAAAAGUUCAUCUAUAUCCCUUAAUAUGAAGAGAACAGGUAAAUAUGAUGAAGAUAUUGGAUACUUAAAUAAUAAUUAUAAUAUAACUAAUACAUAUUCAUCAAAGGAUAAAUGGCAACAUAUUCUCUCAGUUAUAAAUAAUUUUAAUGAUUCAUAUAUAUAA